AUGUCCGGUAAGCGAGCAAACGAAGCCCAUGGAGGAUUUGGAGUGUCUAAUGGCCCGAGCAGCAGCGCCAAAGGCCUUGGAUCGAAUACACGACGUGAAGAGGCCUGGCUAAUGUUUGGAGCUUUCCUUCAGAAAAUUAUCAAAGAGUGUACGUGUGAGAAGAGAGUCUUUUGGAGCAUUUGGAGCAUAUGGGACGUGAGGAGCAGGAAGGACUUGGCACAUGGACGCAGCUCAACUGGAUACGCAAAGGAAGAAGGAGGAAGCCAUCUUGAAGACCAGCUCGACCAUCUACUCGACCAACCGGUCGAGUUCCUCAACUCGACCGGCCAAGCUUCAACUCGAUCGAGCUGA